AUGUCUAAUUUAGAAGACAAUGACUCUGAGGAUAUUGAUAUUAGUGGCGACGAGGCGGACGAGGUGGAUGGUUAUACAAGUUCGGACGAGACAGAGGGCGAAUCGGAAUAUGAGGAAAGUGGAGAAGAUACUAAUGAUGAGACGGAGCCUGAGCCCGAACCUGACUUUGAAAUGCCCUGGACCCAAAAUGGAAUCCCUAGACCAGCAUUUCCUUUUACAUCGAACAGUGGCGUGCAGGUACCUGCUAAAAGCAACCCUUUGGACAUUUUUGAAAUUUUUUUUGAUGAAAGUCUAAUAAACCUUAUAGUUGAAGAAACCAAUCGAUUUGCUAUCCAAUAUAUUAUAAAAAAUGGAGAAAACAUAAGACAGAGUACGCCAAUGGAAAGAAACGAAUACCAACGAAAUUAG